AGUUUGUUGGAGCUUUAAAUGAGAAUUGCAGCUAUUGUUCGAGUUUAAACUUUUAUUUAAGUGUCCACAAUUCAUUUAGGAAGCACAAAAAAAUGUUAAGAAUAACAAAUUUAUUAAUAAUCUUCGUGAUUCAAUUCAAUUCAUCUGAAGUUGCGUCACAGUCAAAAGGUUCUUUAAGAAGAAUUUUGAAUGGAAGAGAAGCGGAACUACGACAAUUUCCAUACAUGGUCUCGAUUCGGUAUAGAAAUUCAUCAAAGCACGUUGGUGGUGGUGCAUUGAUCAAUCCUAAAUUUGUGUUGACUGCAGCCACUGCAGUAUCUAAUUUUCAGACUCCAUAUGACAUUGAAAUGCACAUGGGAGUUGUUAAUAUUAAGAACAAGAUGGAGCCUCCUGGAUGGACUACAUAUGGAAAUACAUUGCAUGUUCAUCCUGAAUUUUCGCCAAGGAAUUUCGCUUACAAUUUAGCUUUGGUGGAAUCAGACAGAAGUGUUCCUAGAUGUCGAAUUUACUUUGGUUCAAUUGCUCCAAUUUUCAUCGACACUUUCAGGCAGAAUGACAAUUUUGAAGGCAUGAUUGCAGGUUGGGGAGCAAAAGAUGAAAAACAAGGUCCAAGUGCAUCAACACUUCAAUAUUCAACAGUCAAUGUAGUCAAUCAAGACAACUGCUUCACAAAUGACACAUUAUCUAGAUCAAGAAUCAUAAUUGACCAAAGUCUUUACAUGAGUGAGUUUUACUGCGUUAUUGAGACAUCAAGUGGUGCAUGCACAACAGACGUCGGAGGACCCCUUGUAAGGCCAACUGGGUUAGUCGGUAUCGCAUCACAAACAACUUGCAAUGGCGGGAAACCUGAUAUCUUCGUGAAAGUUGCUGAUCAUCUUAAUUGGUUGGCUAGUAUUGUCGAAUUGUAA